AUGGCGGUGCCGCGCGAAGGGUGGAAGGCGACAGACUUUGUAGUGGACGACAUGGUGUACUCCAGCAUUGACGUGCUCAUAAUGGACGCCCUACGACACCUGCAAUGCUUGGAGAAGAAUAGCACGCUCAGGCUGUACACCGCGUUCAUCUACCACUACAAGAAGUGGGCGGCGAAGAUGCUGAAGCAGAUACGCGACAAGCUACCCCAUGAGCAACGACUUAGGCACGUCGACGAGAUCGGCCACUACAUCCGCGACAACAAGAAAAAGGAUUGGUGCAACGAGAAAGUGGUCCGCCGACAGUACAUCUGGCUGCACGGCCCUAGGGUCACCGAAACCCGGCUGCGCGCCUACGUGAAGCAAAUGAGCCGUGAGUGUAACCUCAUUGUUGACCAGCCCGGGGAGGAGAACAAUGCCACGCAAACAGGGCCUGUGAGGUCGACAACUGUGCACACGAUCCUCGGGCGCAUAAAGGCAUGCCAGAUGGCGGCGAGGGUGGAGGCGACGCUGUACCGAGAGAAGGAGCUGGGCAUCAUGAGGGAGAUCUCGGUGGUGAGAUCGGAGGUGCGGUUCAACGUCCGCCACAAGAACGAGAGGGACCUCAAGAACUGCGCCGACCGUCGACGCGGCACCAUCGGCGAUACCUACACCGCCGAGCAGUUCCGCCAGAUCAUGAUGAGGGUGCUGCCGACAUGGGCGGCGGCGGCGUGGAACCCGCGGGCUACCACUCCGUCGCAGACGCUGUGGCGAUUCCUGCUCAUCAAGGUGCUCACGCUACUCUCCCACCACACUCUCCUGCGCGGUGCCAGCAUCCGCGAGAUCACGCUCCCCGACAUCUUCUUGUACCACCUGGCGAGCACCUCGGAGGUGAACCCGGAUAGCCAGCCGGUCGUCAUGGUGAUCGCCGCGCGUAACUCGAAGACUUCCAAGGAUGCCCGUCUUCAGCAGAGCUACGCUGCACGACACCUGGAAGCGGAGCUGUGCGCCGUCGGCGAGACCGGCCUGUGGCUGCACUUCAUCCUCGACCAGAUCGGUCAGUUCUCCGGCACCGACUUUCUUUCGCCGCUCUGCAGGAUUGCCCUCUCCGGCACCGACUUUCUUUCGUCGCUCUGCAGGAUUGCCCUCUUCAACGGGAGCGACGCCGCUGCAGCCGCAGUGCACUUCUUGCACACCCUCGUGAUGUUCCGACGAAUCGUCGCCGAGGACCUCGCGGUGAAGCUCGUCCGCACACCGUGGCACCCGUACGUCCAAGGUUCCAAGCUCUGCAGGAUUGCCCUCUUCCAGCACUGGGCGAAAAGGGUCGAGUCGGUCGACACCGAUACGAUCAAAAAGCGCCGGGACCCGACUCAGAUACAACCGGAGGAAAUAUCCGUGCGCAUGGACACCCAGUAUCACAACAUGUCCCUCAAGGAGGCGCUGAAGAAGGAGGUUGAGCGCUCGGCGCUCGAGAAGCUAGGCUUUCAGGAGACGAUCGAGAAGCAAAACGACACCAUCGCGUCGCUCACCUCCGAGCUUGCUCGACUCACCGAGGCACUCCGUGUGUCAGAAGCCCGGAGGAUGCCGGCGGCGCCGCCGUCGGCUACCGAUCAAACUCCGGGCGAGGGUGGCUCCGCGGAUUCGGCCAACACGGGGACCGGAGCCAAGAGAGAUGAUGGGAAACCCCCGCCACCCCCCCAGACGGCAGAGGAGGCCAGUUACGAGCUCAACGUGGUGCAACCUUGGCGGGAUUCAAAGACCGUGCGGGACGCUUGGCGCCUCUGGAACUCCGCCACCGCCAAUGACACCCGUCGUCUUUGCGACAGGGUCGCCGAGCCGGGGUUCAUCGACCGCCACACCCUCCUCAAAGGCGCGACCCAGGGUGCACUCAACAUGAGGGUGCGCCGCAUGCUGAAGGCCAUGGAUGCGGUGUGCCAGCUACGUGCGAGCGACGGCGAUGCCGACACCGAAGCCGUGGUCGAUGCACUGAACACGAUCGCGUCACCGGGCAUUGGGACCUUCUGCGAUGCCCUCACGGUGCUCAACCCGGAGACGGCACCGACGAUGUCCAAGGAGCCUGGCAUGGGCGUCAAGGGGCUUGGCCCCAAGGUGGUCUCGAAGCUACGCGUCGCCUGUGCGCUGGUGGCGCUCGAGCUGAAGCCGACGACGUGGGUCGACCGCCUGUUUCCAGACGCCUAG